AUGUCUAACCCUGGAAGAGAACACUGGAAUGCAAUGAAAUGGGUUUUUAGAUACUUAAAAGGCUCUACUCAUAUUGGUCUUAAGUUCACUAAGAGGCCAAACAACAACUUAAUUGAAGGGUAUAGUGAUGCAGAUUAUGCUGGAGACAGAGACAGUAGAAAAUCCACCUCUGCCUAUUUUUUCUUACUAGGAGGUAAUUGUGUAAGUUGGAGGGUUCAGCUACAACAUGUGGUUGCCCUAUCCACUACUGAAUCAGAGUAUAUAGCAGUUACAGAAGCUAUUAAGGAGGCAAUCUGGAUCAAAGGCUUAAUGGAAGAAGUACAACUACUCAGGGAAGACCUAUAA